AUAUCACAAACCCUAGAACACCUCCUCUAUUUUAGCCAGCUAAUUAGUUAGCACACCACCGUCUUUCAAGUUUCAACAACUACCAUGCAAAAAUCAAAUCUCAAAAAAAAGUAAAUUCAACCCUCUUUUUUUUUCCAUUUUCUUCAUCCUUUACCAGGCCAUCAUCAUUCAUCAACUUAAUAUAGCUGGUCCAUCGACCGCGAUUUUCCCACGUUUUGGCCACUUAUUUCCCUAACUAUAUAAACUACAACUCCCUUUCAAUUUUGAUCAUAUUACACCCUUUUUUUCUAUAUAAAUCAUUUUCAGUAGCUACUAACUUAUGACAAAAUCCAAAACCAGUCACUAUUAAUAGGUUGUCUACUGUCCUAGUACACUACAUGGCUGACCAAACUGAAUCAUCCAACGUAAACAAACUACUUUUUCAGCAACCAUCUUCACUCCCACAAUUGCCACUCCAAACUCACCCUUAUCAACAAUCGCCCCUUCCACCACCGCCGCCACCACCUCUUGCAGUAGCUGCAGGGCCGUCGUCAAUGUCGUCGGCCUUGCCGAUUGGAUCUCCUACCGGAAAACACCCGUUAUACCGGGGGAUACGUCCUCGGGGAGGAAAGUGGGUUUCGGAAAUCCGACAACCGAGGAAGACAACCCGGAUAUGGCUCGGAACUUUUCCUACACCCGAAAUGGCGGCAGCUGCCUACGAUGCGGCGGCUCUCGCUCUUAAAGGAAGCGAGGCCGUGUUGAACUUUCCUGAAGAUGUUCUUAAGUACCCAGUCCCGGCUUCCGCCUCUCCGGCGGAUGUCAGAAAAGUGGCUGCUGCAGCCGCCGCCAUGAAGCAGGAUAAAGAGACGAGAAGUGCUGAUGAAUCGGGAUUGGAAAAGGGAGGAAAUGAAGGGGUGGAAGAAGAAUUCAUAGACAUUGAAGCAUUCUUCAAUAUGCCUAAUUUGCUUGUGGACAUGGCUGGGGCAAUGAUGGUUAGCCCACCUCGGAUGAGCUCCACCUAUGAUCGUGACUUGCCUGAAGAUCAUUAUGAUAUUGGUGGAAGUGGGAGCUUGUGGAACUAUGAUUAAUGGCUUAUUGGGAACUUAAUAGUCUAUUUUUGACUAUUUAAAGAAAUUUCAUUGUAAGUCGCAGAGUAGCCUUAAUUAUUUACAACAUUUUCCCAGUAAGAUCACUUAAUUUGUUUGCUUCAUGUUUUUCUUUUAAACUCAAUAUGGAGUUUUUUUUUUAUUAUAGAUUUUUACGGUUUUACCCUAUGCAGUGAUAGUAAAAUGGUAAGGGAGAUGAGUAUAGUGUGGCAUAAUAUACUAUACCUCUUAUUCAUUGGGUCCUCUAACUACUCCGUAUCUAUCCAUCUACAAAUUUAAAAUUUAUUUCUCUUUUCAACCUAAUAAAACCUUCAUUUUUUCGGAG